AUGGCUGGCAAUCGGACUCGGCGCAUCGCCAAGGAAUUGGCUGAUAUCCAUGCCGAUGCUCACUCGCAAAUCACGGCGGAGCCCAUCGGCGGGCAGGAUGAUGUGACACACCUUCAAGGAAUCUUCCCAGGACCCCCGGAUACUCCCUACGAAGGUGGUACCUAUAAGGUUGACAUUAAGAUCCCCACCGAUUAUCCUUUCCGGCCUCCAUUGAUGAAGUUUGAAACCAAAGUCUGGCAUCCAAAUGUUAGCAGUCAAACUGGUGCUAUUUGUCUGGAUACUCUCUCCAGUGCUUGGUCCCCGGUUCUCACUAUCAAAUCCGCGCUCAUCUCAUUGCAGUCGUUGCUGAGUACCCCAGAGCCAAAGGACCCGCAAGAUGCAGAGGUUGCAAAUAUGAUGCUACAAAGACCUGAGGAAUUCAAGCGUGUGGCGCGUGAAUGGGCUGUCAUUUACGCGGGUGCCCCUUCAGAUGGGUCGGACGGCCAAGCAGGAACCGCGGAAGCGCCCGUCACGAUUGAAGGUGAUUCUCUUGCCCUGUACAAUGGUUAUGAUAAGGCGCUUGUUGACAACUUUGGUGCUAUGGGAUUCCAAGUACCGGAUGUCGUGAGAAUAUUUGAAGAGCUUGGGAUUAACCAGCGGAGUCACCAGCUGGACGAAGGUCAAGUCGAUGAUGUUUGUGCACGCCUGCUUGCAGGUGUAUGA